AUGUGUGACAUACAUACGGUUCUGCACCGAGAGGCAGCAACCUGGGAGGGUCAGAGGCGCCGAAGGCCCGAGGCCCUGCCGCUUGGGCGGCCGCUCAUCUCUGAGACUACGCGGGGCGGCGGCCCAGCGGGGCCCCAGUCUCACCUCCACUUCCCUUUCCCGGCGCACAGAGCCCAGUUCCGCCACCACUCAAGAGGGCCCUCACCACAAAGAGGGAUUUUUCUCCGGGUCCGCUCAAAGUUUAUCGGUCUUUCCCAGCUGUCGGGGCCGCCGGGCUUUGUAGUUCGCCCGUCCAGACCUCCGCGCCAAGGCCGCGACUCGGAGGAGUCGCUGCACUACAAUCCCCAUGAUGCUCCGCGCGCUGCGCGCUCCCAAUGCUCUCCCCUACCCCGCACGGCGGCCCGCGCCCGAGGACCCGCGCCGCGCGAGGUCGUGGCGUCUCCCGCGGCGGCUGUCAACGUGGCCACCCCACCACUCGCUCUCCUGCGGACGCCCUCGGAUUCAUUACCUAGGCGCCGCAGGUUCUGCCUGAUGAGCCCCGCUGCGGCGGCGUCCCGUCGCCCUGGGCAGCGUGUUGAUGCCUUCUCCGUUCUGCGAGGACUUCUCUGGCGCCAGAGGAACGAGCAUCUGAGCGUCGGGGCGCCGGACCCUCCCCGUCGGCCCUGCCCGUGGAUAAAGUGAAGGUUCCUGUGGCCCGGAUUCCCACCUGGCCCUGCUUGGCUAGCUCACUACACACGUGUGGGCAAUGCGUAGUUAUUGACUAUAUAGAGAGCCCUGCCCAGUACUCUGGGCGAC